UAGCGGAAGCAACAAAACCGGUUGAUAUAAGUCGAACCGUUCUUUUGCUCGGAACUGAACUGCAUACCAUUCCUCGACAAAUCGGUCAGUCUUUGCUAGAGACUGUUGCAACUUGUUUUCUACAAGGUUCCUUAUUGAAUUUGCGUUUAUUUGUGUGCUAAAGUGAAACGUACGUAGAUCUUCACCAAGAGCCAUGCAUUCCGAUAUGCAUCCUUAUCUGAUCAUGGUCCUAGGGCUAGCGAUCGUACUGACACCGACGCUGACCAGCGGCCAGGUGGGUGAUAUUGCGCGGCCCAUCGAAAGCAAGGAGCUAAAGUGCCUCGUGUGCAAGGCAUCCAUGGCGGAAAUGGAGCUGGCCGCUUCGAAGGUGGAUCCGAAUAAGAAGGUCGAGGUUGGCGAUUACCGGCUCGAUACGACCGGUGAAUCGAAAAAGAAGAAAAAGAUCCUGUACGCCAAGUCGGAAAUGUACCUGACAGAGAUGAUGGAGACGGUGUGCGACCGGAUGGAUGAUUACGCGAAGGCCCGCUACAAGAAGAAUGGCCGACCGGUGGUGAUGAAGAUGAUGACCGAGGGUGGCAUGAAUCCGGAUAUGGCAAACGUAAACUUCGUGCAGGAGGGCGAUCUGAACAAAACGCUCAAGCAUCUGUGUCUGGAGAUUGUGGAGAACUACGACGAGGAUAUUAUCCGGAUGUUCCAGGAGGAGGUGGUGAAGGAUACGGACAUUCGGUUAUGCUCGCAGGUAGCCAAAUACUGCAAAGAACAACCGGUGGACGAUGAGUACCAGUACGAGGAAAGUGAAGAGAAUCGUGAUGAGUUGUAGAUUUAUUUAAAAAAAAUGCAUCUAAUCAUGCACGGUUGCAGAGAUACGUCCAAGAAAACAUGAGAAGGGCCCGUGUUCACAAGCGGUUCCGUUUGCAAAGCAAAAAGGAAACCACCGACAAGAAAUGUCAAGGCUCUGUUACCUUCGGCCUUGUUUGUUAAUCAGUGUGUCGAUCAUUUCGAUUGGGAGCAUAGAACUAUAAUGUAGCAUUUAGCAGAGCUGGAUGAAAAUAAAACCAAUUUUGUACGUUUAU